ACCCAACACGGAUGAGCAAGCGCAGCAGCCUCCUGAAGAGACAAAAGGGCAAGAUCCCGACUGCGGUUCCCCGCUGAUUCCCUUUUUGUUUGCUUCACCUCGCGCACCUGAUUUACCUACACCGAAACACAAACCCCCUUUCCUAGUUGCGCUGGGGGCCAUCAUUGCCGAACAUCGUCAGACCAUCUCCACAACAGCUCUGCGAAAUCGCGCCCGCCAUGAACGUUCUCAAGCUUCAGAGGAAAUUUCCUCAAUUCCAACAGAACGACAUCUUUUCCCUCGCCGACGCCUUCCGCAAACUCGACGUUGAUGACAAGGGGUACAUUGACGAGGCCACUGCCAUCAAAGCCACGCAAACAAGCGAGCGCCAGCCCUAUGAUGUGGUCCGCCAAGCACUGAAAGAGGUUGAGAUUGACUCCUCCAGGCGAGUUGAGUUGGAAGACUACGUCGGGCUUGUCGCCAAGCUUCGGGACUCUCCCGGGGGCUCCCAGGGGGCUUCCGCCGCCGCCGCCGCUUCACCAGCUGCUGUCAUCUCCCAGCGAACCGGUGGGGGCCACGCUUCCAAGGGCAGCAUCGGCGGCAGCGGCAAGAUCUUUGUGCAGGGGUCGAACUCUAACAUCACUCACACCAUUAACGAAGAUGAGCGCACUGAAUUCACCCGCCACAUCAAUGCCGUUCUCGCAGGCGACGCCGACAUUGGCGCCCGGUUGCCAUUCCCGACAGACACGUUCGAGAUGUUCGAUGAGUGCAAGGAUGGUCUAGUGCUCGCCAAGCUCAUCAACGACAGCGUCCCCGACACGAUCGAUGAGCGCGUGCUCAACAUUCCCGGCAGGAAGAUCAAGGCGCUCAAUGCUUUCCAUAUGAGCGAAAACAACAACAUCGUCAUCGAGUCGGCCAAGGGUAUCGGCUGUUCAGUGGUCAAUAUCGGCAGCGGGGAUAUCAUCGAGGUCCGGGAGCAUCUUAUUCUUGGUCUGAUUUGGCAGGUCAUCCGCCGCGGUCUCUUGGGCAAGAUUGACAUAAAGCUGCACCCCGAGCUUUACCGGCUGCUCGAGGAGGACGAGACCCUGGAGCAGUUCCUUCGCCUCCCCCCAGAGCAAAUCCUCCUCCGUUGGUUCAACUACCACCUCAAGGCUGCCAACUGGCCGAGGAGGGUACAAAACUUUUCGACCGACGUGAAGGACGCCGAAAACUACACCGUUUUGUUGGCACAAAUUGGGCAAGAGUACGGUUGCACUCGCGGCCCUCUGCAGACCCGUGACCUACACCAACGGGCCGAAGAGGUACUCCAGAACGCUGACAGGCUGGGGUGCCGGAAGUUCUUGACUCCCUCCUCACUCGUGGCCGGCAACCCCAAGCUCAACCUCGCGUUCGUUGCCAACCUCUUCAACACGCAUCCUUGCCUCGACCCCAUCACCGAGGAGGAGAAGAUUGAAGUGGAGGACUUUGACGCGGAAGGCGAGCGCGAGGCCCGUGUGUUCACGCUGUGGCUCAACAGCUUGGACGUGCAGCCGGCCGUCCAAUCCUUCUUCGACGACCUUUGCGACGGCACCAUCCUGAUGCAAGCGUACGACAAGGUUAUCAAGGGCUCGGUUAACUGGCGAGGCGUCAACAAGCGGCCGGCGCACGGCGGCGAGAUGUCGCGGUUCAAGGCAGUCGAGAACACCAACUACGCCAUCGAGCUCGGCAAGCAGAACGGCUUCUCGCUGGUCGGCAUCCAGGGCGCCGACAUCACAGACGGACAGCGCAAGCUCACGUUGGGGCUGGUCUGGCAGCUUAUGCGCAAGGACAUCACACUGACGCUCAAGGGCCUCGCGCAGCGCCUCGGCAAGCGCGAGAUCACCGACGCCGAGAUGGUGCGUUGGGCCAACGAAAUGAGCCGCAAGGGUGGCCGCAACUCGAGCAUCCGUUCCUUUAAGGACCCGGCUAUCGGCACGGGCAUCUUUUUGCUGGAUGUUCUCAGCGGUAUGAAGACCAGCUAUGUCGACUACGACCUGGUCACGGAUGGUCGCACCGACGAGGACGCCUACUUGAAUGCCAAGCUUAGCAUCAGCAUUGCGAGAAAGAUGGGAGCGACCAUCUGGCUGGUGCCAGAGGAUAUCUGCCAAGUUCGCGCCCGCCUAGUGACGACGUUUAUCGGUUCGUUGAUGGCGACCCACGAGAAGAUGCAGUAGGUGGUGUAACAACGUUUGGUAGAUGGGGGUGGCAGGUUGGUUCCAGGAAAAGUUGAAUGAGCAAUGGGAUCAUGAUUUUACCCAUCCAUGGGUGUGUUCGAGCAGGUUGAUUUCCUUGUGCAGUCGAAUCCUGGAGGCAGUGAUGUCCCAAUUCAGGUCUACCUUGUAUUCCAGCCGGCCGUUUCAACAAGCUGGCUCGUGUCCAUUGUCUUUGCUAUGCGAGUCAUCCUUUUGGCCGCUUCUCAUUUGCCUUCUAUCCUCUCUGUAAGAAUCACGGAUCCGCCGAAGACAGCUGAACGGUUACUAUUUCAAGAAAUCAUCGGCUUUGGACGUUUCACUGCC